UCCACCAAUAGCAGUGGAAAAAGGUCAUUGAGCUUGAAUGUUUUGUAAUAUAGCACUUGUUGUCCUUUGAAGAAAAUUUGUUUGCUUCUUUAUAUUUAUAGUGUUAUCAAAAGGUAUGAAUCGUAACAGCUGUAAUCAAAAUGAUAUUCAUUUGGAGAAUUUUGAAAAGAAGACCGCAGAAGAAAAAACGAAAAACGACGAUGUAUGUUUAGUUUGUUCACUUCAAACACCAUUUCUACCAUCGAGCACCGAUGAAAAAAAGAAAAAAGAAGUAGUUCCUAAUCCCUUAAUAACAAGAAGGAUCAGUAUUGCUGGAGGAUUCUUAGAUAUUGCAUUGUUUUCAGCCAAUUGCGAGCAGCUAAAGUUUGUCUUGGAAUUGGGAAACUUACACAUCUAUUAUAAUGAAGUCCUGGGACUCAUUAUUGCGUCGCUUGUAUUACAAUUGCUAGUCGGUCUAACACUGUUUCUGAUGGGCUGUCAGAUAAGUAAAGAAAAAGAAGUUUAUUCCAACGUUCUUAACCAUACAACAAUGGGAUUGGUUGCAAUCAUAACUAUCAUCAACUUGUUUAUUCACACCUUUGGACCGAAAGGAACAGUUAUGGCAAGAUGUCUUGGAGCUUUUGCUUAUGCCAAUACAAAAGGAUCUGCCUGGCUUAGUUACGUUAAUCACACAUGGCAUUACAUGAAUGAAGAUAUAUAAACCAUGUUUUUUUUUGUUUUUUUUGCAUCCAUUUACAAAUAAGUGUACCUUUUCUGCGAAAGAUUUUUUUAUUGCUUUUUUUAACUGCAUAACCAUGCAAAGCAUUUUAUAGACUUUAAUUCUGAAAUAAAAAUGUUUGCAGUGUU